UGAGCCACCUCGACUCUCGAAAAGGUACGGGAAACAUCAAGCUUUUAUCCCAUUCGCAGUACCAGUAACCAGUAACGGGAACGUACAGGUACAGGCUUGCAAUCCAUCCCCAAAAUAUUGUUCAACUUCUCUUAGUCUAUCUGCAGCCUCAGAGAGACUGACUCUCCAUACAAUAAAAAAAAAUACAAUACAAUACAACAUCCACCGCUACCUUCAUUUCACCACUAAACACAAUCCACGAGCCAUUCCUCGAGAUAUCUUCCAAUCUUCGAAUCCAAAAAGAGGAUACCAUCACAUCAAUUGACGCGCUUUAUUUCUGUGGAGAAGGAAAAAAAAUUAGAUCUUGACUCUCGAGAGACACUGUUACCGAUAGCUUUCCUCUGCAUUUUACUGGGUUCCCAUUUACAACGACUUCCCUGUUUACUAGUUAUACCCUACGACGGCCAUUUGAAAUGAGAUAGUCCAUCGACAAACUCGGCCCUUAAACGGACUGAGCUCAAGGAAAAGCAAAAUCCUUUACUCGACAUUAAUUUCUGUCGCUGGCUUCCCCCAGUGACUUUAGUUCCUUAUUCAUGAUUCGGGAACAGAGGGCUCCUUCAGGUCCACGACCCGACCUUUCACCCACAAGACAAAGGAUUUCUGAGAAUUAUCCUCCCAGUGUAGGCACAGGAGGUUCGCGUCUGAUAGCUGGGACAGAGCCGACACUGCAUGCUCCACAACGAAACAAUCAUACCCUAUUUACAUUUGGAGGUCACAACGACGAUAAUUCGGCUUCUUACGACUUUUUGCCUUCUCCCAGUUUUGACGACCUGCAGACUAGCAUCUCCAAUGAACUACAGCUCACAGCACAAUAUCCGGCAACAGGUGGGGGAGAUUCAAUGCCGAGAGAGAAGCCUUCAAUGGGGGAAAUUAAAGCAUCCAUGAACAAUGGGCGAGGAAUAGGUUCUGCGCGUGGAGUGUCUGGACCACGACCCGCGAGAACCUCCUCUUUUCAACGUAGGCAGAGUGUGAGCAAUCGUCAAGGUAGCAUAUCUUCAACAGCUUCUUCAACUGCAUCGGGGAAUAUGGACCCGCCAUCUGCUCCUCUAGCCGUUCGAACUCGACGAAAUCAAUAUCCUCCGAUAUCUGGAAGUGCUGCCUCCAAUGCGCCUGCUGCUAGAAUACCGCGCAGAUCUGUAGGAGGUGCUGAGUCGGAUAGCUCAAGCAAGGCAGGGGCCACACAAAGACGACGUCCGAGUCUUGCUCCAAGUACAUCAUUACAAUCAUUGUCGGAUGCUGCCAAUGCAUCUGCAAGAUUGAACAGUACAGGAGUUCCAAGUUAUAUGGAUGGAGCAAGAGGUACCACUGCCUCGAGAGCAGCUAAAACUAAAUCAUUGCAACCUCCGAGUAAAGGGCAACCCCAGGUUUCUAUUCAGCCUGGCACACCAGACCACAGUAGGUCAUCAUCCCUUGCUACAAAGUCACCAGGAAGGCCCAGCGGAACAGGGAUACCUGCAACCACACCAUCAUCAACCUCGAAGCGGAUGUCAGUCUUGCCAGGUACUUCCCAUGCAAGUGGACUUGGGGCUAGAACCAUCAGCCCUACAGAUACUCGAAGAGCCAAACGAUUAUCGACUCAUCAAGGAAAUCCUACUGUUUCGCCAGGUACACCGCCAACUCCACAGCCUGACUCGUAUCCGGCAUUUACUCCUCGAGGGUCUUCAAGGUCCCCUUCAAUGUUACCUCGAAAGGUGCCCACACCUUCAUCAUCUCGAACUACUCCGGAUAGUAACCGUAAGUACAAUUCUGCUAUUUCAGCUGCGUCGAGUUCAAGCUGUAACACAUCUCGAAAUACUACAGGUUCCUUACAGCCUCGAGUGUCGUCACUUGCCCCCACGACAUCAAGGUUACCAACACCCAAGUCACGAAAUGUUCAUAGCUCAGCUGGUAAUAAUGAGGAGGAAGAUGUUCCGCCAGUUCCUGCGAUACCCAAAGCGUAUGAAUCCCCCAAAGAUUCUCCUAUCGAAACUCCAUUUUUCGCCAAGAGGAAAUCAAGCAUGCCGUUUGAUGCUAGUAGUAUUAACAGUACUUCAACAAAUAGCAUUUCUGGUAGGAACUCUGCACGUGAACCAACCAAGAUUGAACGAGAGCCAAAGAGGUCGAGGCAUGCGCCACCUAGCUCGAAUUCAGAUCUUGAACAGCAAAAGCAAAAUACUGCGACUCCCAAGAAAAAGAACCUUCAACCACUUCGUCUGCCACCCUUGAAUUUGUUACCAUUAAGCGCUCCUACUGCUGCAAAGGCUGCGGCCAUAUCCAACCCUGAGCCUUUACCAAAUGGUGCCAUUACACCUCCGCCUAAGCGGACAAAUACAAAGACCCCAAGUUCACCCAUGACAGCUUCCAAGACCUCGUUCUUUUCCCGUCGUAACGAAGACAAACCGGAGCACCAUACGCCUAAAAUGCGGAGCAAUAGUUCUAUCCAUCAUAGACCUACGGAAUCUUCGCAAGUAUUUGGAAGUAACAGUGGGACGAAGCCCAUACCUAUAGCUAACCGUCCACCACCGCCUAGGGAAACCUCCCCAUAUCUAUCCUCAUCUCUUCCCAAGAACAACGCUGGCCAGCAUCUCAUGCCUCGGUCCAAAACUAGUGGUGAUUUCACUACAAUGGACACUUCGACGACUGAAAACAAGCCGGCAAGAUUGACUGGGCCACGUGCCUUGAAGGUGAAUAGAUUAGCUAAAACAGAUACUCCUGCGGAAGUCUCAAGUCCGGAAGAACCCCCAACACCAUCUUCAACAACCUCGUUGCGAAGAAAGUUGAGUCUUGGUUGGAAGCGAUCUGGAUCGAAGAACGCCGCCAGCAAUGCUCAAGCAACAGGCGGAAGAGAAGCCAACCAACCACCUCCUCCGCCAAAACAUGAUAAUAUGCCACCGCCUAGAUUGCCUGCUUCUUCUACCAUGAACAAUAUGAGUAGCAACAACAAAGAAAUUCCCAGUCCUAGUCCUUCGGUCAAGUCAACCACUACUACUACUUAUCUCAAUUCCAGUCGAAGGAAGAGCUCAGUUUCGAGCCUUAAUAUGAUUACGGGUCAUGACAGAACAAAGAGUGAUAGCUGGGGGUUGAAUCGAAACAGUCCGAAGAAAGAGACAUCAACUGACUCUAUGGCUUCUGAGAGAAAUAUCCCAACCGCGACUUCUCGAACUACGUCUUCUGUUAUGCAUAGAAUGCUCAAUCCAAAGGCCUCUAGUACUAGUAUUAGACAUCAAGAUCACUGGACAUCGGAAUUGGACAAGGAUGAUCUUCUGGCGGAAGAGGAGAUGAAGAAACUCGGCAAUAAACGAAAGGAAACAGAGACAGCAGCUCGUCAAUUAGAUGCUCUAAGAAAACGUGCUACUCCUAAGGAUCGAGCGAACCCUCAACAGGCUCUCAAACUUGUCUCGCAUCUCAACAUUUACGAGAAAGGGGAAAUUGUCGAUUACAAGGACAUUUACUUUUGUGGGACAUCUAGUGCAGCCAAACAUGUUGGUCAACUUCAAUCCGAUGCGGCCAAUUUCGGGUACGAUGAUGAAAGAGGGGAUUAUCAAAUUGCCACUGGAGAUCAUCUCUCAUAUCGUUAUGAAAUUAUCGAUGUUCUUGGUAAGGGAAGUUUUGGUCAAGUCGUAAGAUGUAUUGAUCACAAGACUGGAGGAUUAGUAGCUAUCAAGAUCAUCCGGAACAAGAAGCGAUUCCAUCAGCAAGCUUUGGUAGAGGUUAACAUCCUCCAAAAGUUGCGCGAAUGGGAUCCCAAAAACAAGCACAGCAUGGUCAACUUUGUUCAAAGCUUCUACUUCCGUGGUCAUCUUUGUAUCUCUACUGAACUUUUAGAUAUGAAUCUCUAUGAGCUCAUCAAAGCUCAUUCUUUUAGGGGGUUCUCGCUCAAGAUCGUUCGACGAUUUACAAAGCAAAUGCUUAGCAGUUUGUUGCUUUUGAAAUCAAAGAAAGUCAUUCAUUGUGAUUUGAAACCCGAAAAUAUUCUUCUCGCACACCCUCUUCAUUCAGAGAUUAAGGUUAUUGACUUUGGGUCAAGUUGCUUCGAGAACGAGAAGGUAUAUACGUACAUUCAAUCCCGAUUUUAUCGAUCGCCUGAAGUUAUCCUUGGUAUGACAUAUGGUAUGCCGAUAGAUAUGUGGAGUCUUGGAUGUAUCUUGGCGGAGCUUUUUACUGGAGUGCCCAUCUUUCCUGGUGAAAACGAACAGGAACAACUCGCCUGCAUCAUGGAAGUGUUUGGUCCGCCGGAAAAGCAUUUGAUUGAAAAAAGUACUCGCAAAAAGCUUUUCUUUGACUCUCUCGGAAAACCACGCCUCACGGUAUCUUCAAAGGGACGCAGACGUCGACCAUCCUCGAGAUCUCUUCAGCAAACCAUCAAGUGCGAUGACGAAGUUUUCCUUGACUUCUUGGCACGUUGUCUCAGGUGGGAUCCUGAAAAGCGUCUGAAGCCUGAUGAAGCUGUUAGGCAUGAAUUUAUCACUGGUCAAAAGGCAGCUGCUCCACCUCGUAUCAAUACUCGAAUCGACUCGCCAAUAAAGCGACACAAUACCACCGCUGCACCUGCUUCCAAUAGACCCCUUCCAGAACCACCUGCUUACAAGAGUGGUUCAUCUGUUCGGCCACCCGCAGCUGGGACAAGUCCAAGUAAAGCUCUUCCUCCUCGGAGACAAUCCAAUGCCACAACAUUGACUGGACCUCCUGGGCCGAAACGUACAAGUACUGGAACCGUGGCAAUUUCUGGUAGUAGCGGCUUGCCCCGAGUCACACGAAGUGUCAGCUCGAAACAGGAUUUAGCAUCAGCGGGGGCAUCGGCAGCUAUGAGUAGUCGGCGAGCAUUAUAGAUCAUGUAAUGUAUGAAACGAAAAGUGUUGAGAAUGAAAAAAUCAUUCAUACCACUCAUUGGGUACAUAAGGAGCGGAUUAUACGAAUAGACGAGUUUUUAUUACUUCACUGCAAUUUUCUUUCCUUCGUUUGAAGUUGUCCUUUAUUGCAUAGCAGCGAGGUCGGCCGGAGCAUUUUUCUUUUCUUAUUUUUUUCUUGUCACAUGUCUUUCCAUGAUGCAUACCCACUGCGCAAACAACUAUACAUACCUCAUUCGUUUAAAAGCAUAAUGCGAAUCGUAUAACUCUAGCCGAAGCCUUUCAUUCGAUAUACUGAAAGUUGAUUAGGCGUUCUUGUGGCAGCAGGGCUGUAAGCUAGAACAAUCUGGAGUAUCCUUUUUGUGGGCGGACCGCGCAUUCAUUGAUACGCAUAUAAACACUACUAUAAUUUAAUUUGACGUCUUUCAUUCACGAAAUUAUUUACUGGGAGUUUGGGAGUUUUUUAAUUAAGAAAAGA